AUGAUUUGGACCUCACUGUUUCUGGGCAUAAUAUCUGGUAUGGUUCUAGCGGCAGGUUCUAUCUCGAAACUAUCACCAUCCGCAAAAUCAGCUUGUUCAGAGCUCGCACACACGCUUGAUGGGGGAGAUGGGAGUAUCGUAAACACACCUCCACUAAGUACAACAUCCGUCGAAAUCAACUGGUCCCAAUCAUGCAUCUUCAACUCCAGCUGCAUUGUGCGUGCCCACAAUGCGGAACACGUCUCAACUGCCCUGGCGAUCAUCGUCCAACAUGAAGCCAAAUUUGCUGUCCGCAGCGGUGGGCAUUCGCCGAAUCCGGGCUUCGCCGGUAUUGCGGAUCCGGGUGUGCUCAUUAGCCUUGAGAAUUUCCUGCAGGUAACCCUGAAUGAGGAUAAGAGCGUUGCUAGUAUCGGACCAGGCACGCGCUGGGGGCAAGUAUAUGAUACGCUCGAUCCGGCUGGUCUCGCUGUCGUAGGGGGUCGCCUCCCUUAUGUAGGCACAGCUGGUCUUGUUCUCGGAGGCGGUUUUUCGCAUUUCUCUGGAGAGUUUGGCAUGGCGGUUGAUAAUGUCAGGAAUUUUGAGGUCGUUCUUGCGAAUAGUUCGAUUGUAGAUGCCAAUGCGGAUGAGAACGUCGAACUUUUCUGGGCUUUAAAAGGCGGUGGUCCCAACUUCGGCAUUGUGACGAGAUUCGAUCUCAACACGAUUACAGUAAGAGAUAUCUGGUACAGCAUAAGAGCCUAUGCCGUGGAGUCCGCGGAUCAUGUGUUGGAUACCCACGCAGCAUGGCAAAUGGAUGGUGGAAGGGAUCCCAAGGCAACUGUAGCGCUCGUUAUCAGUCUAGAUGUCAUCACUCUGGUGCUGGUGUACUCGGAGCCAGUUCAGAACCCGCCUGCAUUCGCCGCAUGGGACAACCUGAGUACGGCUGCCGUCCCAGUACCACCGACGCUCGGUACUGUCGCUUCUUUGACAAACACUCUCGGCGGCUCCUUCGAGUUGCUGCCCCAAAGACAUGAUUACCGCGGAGUCAGCUCCAAAGUCGAUGCUCAGCUUUACAAAGACGUCUAUGCGCAUUGGCUACCGGCCGCGUUAGCUACAAGGGAGAGGACCGGUGCGAAUCAGACCUUCUCAUUGCAACCUGUUCCCGCGAACAUCGCGGCAGUCGGUGUCACGAAUGGAGGGAAUGCACUCGGUAUUCCAGCCGUUGAUCAUCAGUGGUGGACUACAUUGAUCGACUGGAACAAUGCCGUCGAUGACGACGAUGUUUGCUCAGCAUCUUUCUCGACUACCGAGAUGUGGACGAGCUUGAGCAGGGAGCGCGGACUAGAUGUGAAUUACAUCUUCAUGAACGACGCCUCUCGAGACCAGAACCCUCUCAGUACACAAGGUGCGGAGAAUCUUGGCAAGUUAAGGUCUAUCGCAGGAGCGUAUGAUCCUAGUGGUAUCUUCCAACGAUUGCAGAAGGAUGGAUUUCUACUUUCGAAGGCUUGA